UGUCUGAAAGGUAGGGUAAGUUACGUUACGCCGCGUUAAAUACGUUACAACGUUACGUCUAAACGUCUUGACUGUUUGAAAUUUCGUUGGCUAUUUAAACACGAAAAUUUAUACUCAUAUCACUCUUCCUCAGAAAGUCAAACCAAAAACAGUAAUAAUCAUGAAGAUCACAAUUUUCGUCACUGUCGCUUUGACCGCCGUCGUCGGUAUGGUUUUCGCCGACGACAGAUUCAAUAACUGGAACAACAACAAUGGAUGGGGAAAUGACAACAACGGAUGGGGAAAUGAUGACGGAUUCGGUGGUGCAUCGUUCGGUGGCGCUUCAUUUGGCGGUGGUGCAGUUGGCGGUUUGGGACAUAUCAGCGGAGGUAUCGGCGGUGGAUACGGUCCUAGCUACGGUGCUAGUAUGGGCAGUGGAUACGGUGCUGGAUACGGUAUGGGCUACGGAUCUAGCUACGGAUCUAGCUACGGCAAAGGAAUGGCACAGGCUGCAUACAUUCCAGUUCCAGCUGCACCAAAGGCCGCCGGAGGUCUUGGCAUGUCCAUCUUGCCCCUGUUCUUCUUGUUGUUCCUUCUCCCACAAUUGUUCAACACCAGCGCCAACCAAGACCAGAUUGUUCUCAUCAACUCCACAGUUUCUGGAUAAUAACCUAUAGUAUAUUAUUCAUCACGUUUUUCACGAGAUUUCCUAAAUACCACACAGUGCACGAGCGUUUUGAUCACAGCGCCAUCUUCUACAAUAUCUAUAUUGUUGUUAUUGUUAUUUAAUGAUGAAAUAAAAAAAAUGGAAAAACGAAA